AUGGAAAUCAUAAAUGAUAAUCAAUCCACUCUGGUAGUUGACAACCAAUGUAGUUCGACCCAAGUUACUCCAAUAGCCAUGGAUCAUGAUGAUGACAAGGAAACUCGUUGGAUGGCCAUCGAUAAAUCCGAAUGUCCAAAUAAAUUUAUUCAAUAUGUAGAUGAAGCUUCUAAACAAGAUCAAAUUAUUGCACAUACCAGAUAUUCAACAAGACAAUUACAACUUGAACCAGGAAUGAAAGUUAUUGAUGUUGGAUGUGGUGCUGGAAAAGACUUGAGUAGAUUAGAAUCUAUAGUACAAGGUACCGGUGAAGUAUAUGGUAUGGAUAUUUCAAGGGAAAUGGUUGAAUGCGCCAAGAGUAGAAUGUCCCAUCUUCCAAAUGUCCAAGUUUUCUGUGGAAAUGCAAACUCAAUUCCAUUUGAUGCCAAUUAUUUCGAUGCUGUAAGAUGUGAAAGAUUACUUCAACAUAUUCCACAACCAGAUGAUGUUAUUGCUGAAAUGGUUAGAAUUACAAAGAGAGGUGGUAGAAUAGUCAUUACUGAUAUUGAUUGGACAUCUUCAACCAUAUCAAUUCCAAAACAUGUUGAACAAAUCAACUCGAUCAUCAUCAAGGAUGUUGUAUUCAAUGCUCAUCCAGCUAUCGGUCUCCAUCUCAAGGGACGCAUGAAGAAGAACCCACAAAUCACCGAUGUCGAUAUUUUUGCUCAAUGUCUCUACACUGACUCUUUGUCAGUGGCUGAUGAUUUCCUCUGGUUGGGAGAGCGUGGAAAGAUGGCCGUCACUCAAGGUCUCAUCUCGGAAGACGAAUAUAUGCAAUGGCGUGAAGCUGUCGAGCAGAUGGAAGAAGAGGGUAGUUUUGUAUUCACUAUCAAUCUCUUUACUGUCAGUGGUAAAAUUGACAAAUAA